CCAACAACUGCAUACAGUAUAUACUUUCACGGUUUGCAGUAAAAAAGAGAUAUAUGAUCAGUGGUGUUUCAUCCCUGUUUACCUCCUUGGCUUCCCAUUUGCUGAAAAGAACUGUAAUAUCAGACCUUCGCAAGCCGUUUAUUCGUCAGCAAUUAACAGCUUAAAACAAAAUGGCUGUGGUAUACCAGCCCAACGCCGUUGCACUACCACAGAGUGGCCCUCAACCACCAAUCCAGCUUGUGGCCAACCAACCCGCAACGAUGGUCCUUCAAAGUCCCAAUAACACCGGUAUAUCAGAACGAUACAAUGCAAAGAGUGCCCGCGUCACCGGGUGGAUUCAGCUGAGUUGUGCCAUAGCUGCUUUCGUGAUCAAUGUUGUUGAGCUGCUCCUCGGAUCCUCUGUUAGUAUUGUCGGUACGGGCAUUUGGGCUGGACUGUUGUUUUUCCUUCCAACUGGAAUUCUCGGUAUAGUCUCCAAGAACAAGAGUACGUGUAUGAUCAUUGCGUAUAUGGUGAUGUCUAUUAUCUCUGCCGUAGUUGGGUUUGUUGUAUUUUGCAUGGGCAUUACUGCAGCAUCAGUGAGUGGCUAUCAGACGUGUAGCUUCAUCGGGAUAUGGAAUUGCGGAUACGAUGUCCAGCGAGCCCGAAUUACCUUCGAUGUUUUCCUCGUGUUCACAGGCUUAAUUGAGCUUGUUGUUGCGAUUAUUGCAGCUUGUUAUUGCUGUGCUGGUGUGUGUUGUGGACGAACUAAUAACGCAACAAGUACCAUGGUGUACCAACAUUCAAAUAAUGUUACGCCAGUAGUCAUGAUGGUUCCUGCGCAUGCUCAACCAGCUGGGCAACCGAUGGGGUAUCCCCAUCCCACUCCAGCCAAUCAACCACAUACUUACAUGGCCCUAGGAGCUACACCCCACCAAGUACCAGCACCUCAACUAGGACCAGGACCCCAACCAGGCCCAGGACCUCAACCAAACUACAACAUGGGAGGACCUUCGCCCCCUCCCCACUACGAUGAGAUAGACCCUGUUAAUCUGCCAGCUCAGCCUGUGAAGAUGUAAAUGAACUUUGACUUGAGAACAUGUGACCUGGUUCAUUCUAAGUUGAUCUGUAGGCCUACAUGUAUAUGUCUAGAUACAUGGACAUGUAUAAAACGUUAUACAGUGUCUCCAAGAGAAAAAAAGUUUCAGAGAUCCAUACCACAGCCAUCAAAUUAUUUCAUGUCAAGUCUUACCAAUCAUACGCUACCCAACAUGAAAUUGACAUUGAAAUAAUAUAUGAAACUCGUUUUACUCAUCUCUCUUGGUUCUUAAUUGCUAUAAGUACAUGUACAUCACAAUGAAGAAGUAGAAACUCUGCCGAUAUAUUGUUUGAAAUUACAACUGAGAAUGACAGUUUUUAUCUUAGUCUAGGGCGAACUGCAUAUUCUUGUCAAAGAGGAAGCUGUAAAAAUAAUUCGACAAAAUAAUGAUAAAGAAGUUAGAAUGAAUUAAAUGCUUUGGACUGUCCUCAGGCUAUUUAUUUUACUUGGGCCGAUAAAAAAAGUAAGUGGUUCAUAAAACUAUUGAAAACUGAUGCUGGAGUCUUCAUGCAUUAAAGCAAACUCUCCAGGCAGAGAUGAAGAGAUGUAUGGUCAGAACAUAAACAAGAAGUAUUAUUCUCUAAUUUUUUAAAUAGGGGAGCCUCAGACAAUAAUUGUUUGAUUCUUUCCCACCAUCUUGUAACUUGGUUAAAGCAGAUACGAACCAAUGGCGCCAUCUCGAGUCCUCAACUACUCAUACCGGGCCAGUUUCCUGACCCCUAAUGCUAGUGUAGUCUAGUAAUAUAGACCCACUUGAAUGAUAACAUGCUAAUUAACUACUCGACACAUUUAUACCGCAAUUAAUUAUGUUAUCAAGUAGCAAAACAAUUAUUUUUUCCUCUCAAAACACUUAAGUUUCUCUAUACAAAUACAACUAUACAUGUAGGUCGAUUUAUUGUCUGUAGUAUUAGUAGAUAUCUGAAAACGUAUAUUUUCAGACUAUGUAUUUAUAACGCACAGUCAAUGAGAGACCACAUACAGUUCACUCCCCCUUUAAAACUUCACUCUGAACAUCUUCAGCAUUCAUCUGCAAAAACCAUAAUCAAGAGUUGGCGUGUCAUGGUCUGGUGAUUAUGAUCCUCAUCUUCCAAAGAGAGGGUCGUGGGUUCGAACCCCAGCCAUGGCUCGCUUUCCUUCCACAAGAAAUUUACCCACAUUGUGCUGCACUCAACACAGGUGAGUGUAAAGUCCUGAAAUGCACAGAGCAAUGGAGGCGGCAUGCCAUGCUACAAUCGUAUUGAUAUAGUGCAUAUUGGAAUAGAACAGUCCAGAUAGAUGAUGCUAUAAAAAGCACCUUUUUCUUAUUAUCAUGAUCUUGUGUAUAUUUUGACACUAACACGCUGCCUUCGUUUGAUGUAUAUUAUCUUUUAGCUGCUUGGUGUUGAUUUUUUUGCCAUAACUUGAUUCGAAUCACAUCCAAAGUGCAAAGGACAGGCUUAUUGUUAUUAAACGGGUCACAGUCACUCACUUAGUUUAGUAGUUGUCUAAAGCUUUGGUUUGUGUUCAAUGGUGUGUAUUAUAGUAAAUACUCAAUAUAAUAUUCCUAUCUUACUUAAAACGAUAAGUGUACAGAUUUUUAUGGUUGAUACUUUGUGAAAAGAUGAAUUUUGAUGACGGAUCAGAUUUGGUGCCUUCUCUCGGUGACGUUUUUUGUUAAAUUAUCAUCAAAUAUCAGAGACUGGCCUUUUAAAUAUAUUUUUACAUUUUGAUUAUUUCAUCCAUAUCUAUAUAUAUCUAUACAUGAAUAUAUUUAAUGUACAAUCCUUAAGAUGGCAAUUGCUUUAUGAUAAACUUUAAUUUCAAUUAUCAUCUGUAUUCAAAUUUUGAAAAUAAAUUAAUUUUUCAUGUACCAAAACUUAUACGAAGAUCCGUACCCUUUUGGUUGUACAUGUAUAACUGGCCUCACCUCCAUUUACAUGUAUUCCAAACGUCUUGAGAUAAUUUAACCUGUCCUCUACUGAAUUCUGUAAUUCCUAUAGGCUAAAAACAAGAUUCUAGUAGGGAUUGGGUUAACAUUGAUUACAGUCAUGUACUUGUAUGUAUCCUACAUAUUUUACUCUCAAAAUUUUCUUUGUUUAUUCUAACAUAAAAUUUUACAGCCUUACAACUUCAUGUUUUUACCUCUUUCAUAAUGUUUGUACCUUCUUUUCUUCUGACUUUCUGCUCCACUCCUUCCCUUCACUCCCCUUCUCUUUCUCUCUAUCCCUUUCCACCCCCCCCCCUCUCCCUCUCUGCCUCUCCCCUCCCCAUCUCUCUCUUUCCUUUCUAGAAUUCCACAACACAAAUAGUUUCAAUACCAUACUUUAUCCAUAAUAUUUAUUUUGUAAUUAUCCGUCAUUGUUUAAAUAUUUUUUUGUGUAUUUAUUACCUUGUAAAUACAUCGCAAUUCGGCCUUAGCCGCGAUGAUCUCUGAUUUUUAUUAAUAAACCAUUUAUCUAUCUAUCCUAAUCUUUGGUAGAAUGGGCUCUAUUUGUGGCAAAUGGAUACACAUUACUUAUAUGAGUAUUUAAAAAUUCAUGAUUUAACAU